AGAAUAAAAACGAUGCUUUUGCAGCAAAAAUCUCGAGCCAUGGUGCGGCACAGCGGUGUUGCUCGCGCUUUGCUUCUGGUGCUUGCCGUUGUGUCCAGCCACCAGUCUUUGCCAACAGCACAAGCCAGGUUGCCAGAUGAUGUCAGUGGAGGGCUGCUGGCGAUGUUGGCAGUUCUUUUGGUACUGGGGCUAAUGGUCUUCCCCAUGCUGUCACCUUUGCUGCUCUACUGGCGCAUUUUGUUUUUUUUCUGGUUUGGUGGCCGCUAUGCCGAUGCGAAGACACGAUUCGGCUUGAGCGGCAUGAGCAGUGGCCAUCUUUACAGCCUUGCCAUGGUGCCAUGGCUUAUGACCAAGCCUCACUACCGCACAGGCACCUUCAAGGAGGACAUGCUGACGAAUUUGCGCAAUGUGGUCUUGCCAACUGGCAUCUAUGGCGUUCCUCUUUCUCUUUGGGCCUACAGCCGCCUGCAUGCUUUGGUCGCAAUCCUCUUUGUGAUUCCUUUUGCUGCGUUUGUGGGCUCAUGGUAUCGGAGGAUCUUCGGCCUGGACUUUGCCUAUGCGUGCUUUCGAAGGAGUCUCCUGGAACCGCGAGAUUGGUUUCAGCUUUGGAGAUUGAACUGUCGCUUAGCAUCCAUGACAGCGUUGGCCACAAAGAGCCCAGACUUUGACAUGGAGAGCAAGUGGAACUUCAUCAAGGGCUGUCUGGACAAUGGCUUGCCAACAACUCCAGCGCUUGAAACCCCAAAGAUUCUCGUUGCGAAGGACGUGAAUGAGGAAGGAGGCAUGGGCAUCCACGUCCUGCCAAACGUCCUUUAUGGUGGAGCCUGGCUUUUGCAGGAGAAGUUGGACAAUCACCCUGACGUGCAACAGCUCCUUCCUAAGGACAGUCCAUUGUCAACGAUGCGGGUUGUGACAGGCUCGUAUGGAGCUUUGGCACUGCUCGGCCGCCCUGCAGAGACAAAGAAGCUUUGCAAUGCACUUUGUGCCGUUUGGCGCGCCGGCCGUGCAGGGGCCUCGACUGAUCACAGCUGUGUCAUGGUGGAUGUCCCUCAACCCCGGGGUGAACAGACCCUUGGAACAGGCUCCAGCUCUGCCCAUUGGUAUGCGCAAGGCUUCAAGUCUUUGGGAAAGCCCUUGAGCACAGCAGAUGGAAGCAUUGCUCAUCAUCCAGAUACAGAGCUUUCUUUGUGUGGAUGCAAACUACCGAAGGUGAAAGAGGCCUUGGAACUGUGUGAGCGCUCACACGAGAUCCUCAUUCCCUCGGUUCCAUUAGCCGGCUGGGACGUUGCCUUCGUAGCCGAGGAGGAUCCGAAGGCUCCGGCGAAGUUGGUUUUGCUGGAGGCAAACUUGUCUUGCAAUUUCUUCCGAGGAACUGUGAACUGGGAGGAGUACGGAAAGCUGCUGGAUCUCCACUUCGCAGCCUUAGAUCAGAAAUUCUUUGGCUGAGGUGGAUGUUUACAGAUGUUUACAGUCACACUUGCUGGGACGACUCACUUUCCAUUCCCAGAAAUUUGUCCAAAGGCUUCCUUCAGAGAAACCAUGAGGACUUCUUCGUUAAUGACCUCAUAACGGACAUCUUCGUCACCCGACCAUGAGUUCCCCCUCACAACGGACAUCUUCGGCUUGGAACGCGCCGGUUUGGACAACUAUUCCUACUGUGUGGUACAGUUUGAUGGCGGAGAAAAGAGUUGCGCUCAGUGUGCAUUUGCGACACCCUAACUGCGCAACCGCCAAAACGUGCGAUGACCAAUCUAGGAAAGAGCGAUCGUGAAUUUCAAGAAUGUGGCCAAAACCAGUACAAGCGAUUGGCCCCUCAAAAACGAUAACCAGGGCAGCAGUUUUUGGAUAUGUGCAGCUAUGUUGAAAGAGUGGCUGGGGUCUGAAAAAGCAAUACACUCCCAUCAAAAGCGAUAUCCUUGUUGAAUCAUGUUCUCUUCAUUACAAGACGUUUUGGCAGACACUCAUAUUGAAGAAC